GUUGAAUUCCAGCGCUUUGCCGUUCAGUUGAAGACAACCACUCAAGCAGCUCAAACGUGCGGAAUAGUAAAAAAAAUCUACGAAGAAAUCAAGACUGUUUUAAAGCACUUUUAUAUCUGAUUAGCAAAUUUGAAUCUAAAAAUUGAACUGUUACAGUACUACGAAAAUUUGGCGAAUAUGGCAUCAACGAGUCUGGACAGUGCUGGUGGUGAAGUGGUUUUAGUCACUGGAGGAAGCGGUUUCAUAGGGCAACAUUUGCUCAAACACCUUUUACGCGAGCGAUCAAACUUGGGAAUCAAAGAAAUACGUUCGCUGGAUAUGUUGCCUUUUGAAAACAAAAUUGAUAUACCUCAAGCUGAGGAACUAAAAAUUUUCGUUGGAGAUUUUUGUGAACAAAAGUCGAUUGCGGUGCAGGACGCUUUCAAAGAUGUAAACUGUGUUUUUCAUUGUGCUGCACUUGUCAGUAUUGAAUACCCGCCAGAUUUCGCAGAGCUAGAUCGCGUUAAUGUGAAUGGAACCAGUGCGAUUGUCGAUUUAUGUGUGCAGCACAAUGUGAAAAGGCUGGUGUAUACCAGCUGCGCGUCGGUUUGUCUGGUCCCCUUCAAAGGAUACAGCACUUUCACAAUUGUUAUCAACCAAACGGAGUCGAAGGCUCUGACGCCCACUUUUAAUGCGCAGGACACAACAGAUUUUGACAAAUCGUUUUUGAUACCAGGAUACACUUCGUCGAAAUUGCGGGGGGAAACAAUUGUUUUAAAUUCAAAUGGAGCGCUACUUAGUAAUCAAAAAGACUAUUUGGAAACUGUGGCCAUACGUCCGCCUCUUACUUAUGGCGAGGGCGAUAUGAAAUUCGUGCCGCAAGUUUUUGAGUAUUUGUCUGGUCGCGGCUUUAGCUAUCCGCGCAUCGCUGGAGCGGGUGGCAAACAACAACUAGUCUAUGCGGGUAAUGUGGCUUGGGGACAUCUGUGUGCAUAUAAAACGCUUAAAGCAACACCAAAAGCUAUUGCCGGACUGCCAGUAUUCAUUACCGAUGACACGCCCAUUAAUGAUGUGACAAGAUUUAUACAAAAAAUGGCACUAUUGGGUGGACAGUUCAAGGUCAAUUUGACCUUUUGGUACCUGCCUCAUUUUCUUUUCUUCAUUUUGUCCUUUCUCGCAGAGCUUUUCAUACAGCUGCUUUACCCAGUUACGAAAUUUAAACUAAAACAUUCUCUUCGCGCAAUUGGGUCCUUCACAGCUUCAGUAUUGUUUUUUAAUCGUUUGCGCGCCUCUAUACAUAUGGACUAUGUGCCGUUAAUUGAACCGGAAGAAGCUGCGCAGCAAAGUGCGCGUUGGUAUGCGCAGUGGUGGGAAAAGCAUUCAGCCGAAAAGCGGAGAAAAUAGAGAGUUAAAACACUACAAAAACUAAAUAUGUGUAAUUGUAUAUGAUUUUCGAGCAUUUUGUUAUCUUGCCGUAGGUUAGUUAAAUUUUGUUAAAUAAAAUUGUUGCAUAUGAACUAAAUAUAAAG